AUGUUCUAAGAUAAUAUUUGGGAAUGCGUCUAAUAAAAUGGCAUGCCAACUCCAAAAAGUGGACAUUGUUGUUGUGUAGUAGCAAAUAAUUUUUAUGUUUUUGGUGGACAAUCAAACACAGAAAUACUAAAUGAAUUUCAUAGAUUCAAUCUAGAAGAUAAAACUUGGAGUAAAAUAAAGACUGAUUCAUAACCAAAUGGAAGAAGUUCAGCAGGAAUGUGUGGUGUUGAUGAUAUUAAAAAGCUUUAUUUAUUUGGGGGUACCUUAUUGAUAGUUGAGAAAACUAGCAAGAAUGAUCUCUAUGAAUAUGACAUUUAAAAAAACAAUUGGACUAUUGUGAUAACCUAAACUCCAGGUCCAUGUGAGAGAUACGGUCAUUCAAUGAUAAUGUCAAAUUAUUAGAUAUAUAUUUUUGGUGGCGUUCAUUAUGUAAAAGCAUAAAAUAGAAUGAAUCCAGAAUUUUUAAAUGACUUAUGGGUGUUCUCUUUGAUUGAUAAAAUUUGGAAGAAACUUGAUCUUAGGGCCUAAAUUUAACCAUAAGCUAGAUACAGACACACAACUGCUGUUAUUGGGAAUGAACUGUAUAUCAUAGGUGGAACUACAAAUUAAAAUCGUUAUGGAUAGAUAGUAAAGACCGAUUUUACUAAUAUGUAAUGGUCAUACUUAGAGUUAGAGGCUCUUAAAAACAAAUCAAAAAAAAACUUAUUUAAAGGUAGAUACGGACAUGCUUGUUUUGUUAUGGAAAAUAUGGUAUACAUUUAUAGUGGUAUGGAUGAUGGGUAGUGUGAUGAUGCAUUAUAAUUAGAUGUGAUACAGAAUAAAUGGAAGAGUAAGAAGUUCAGAGGAAAUAUACCAUCUCGUGAAUUUUUUAGUUUUGCUUAGACAUCAAAUCAACUAUUUAUAUUUGGAGGGAGAACUUAAUAGAAUUAAAGAUUAAAUGAUCUAUAUGUAUGGAAUCACAACUUAAGAUAAGAGGAAUAGCAGUAUUGUACAUUAAGAUAAGAAAUGCAUUCUUUAUUGGAAAUUCAUUAAAAUUGUAGCGAUUUUACAAUAUUUACUAAGAGUGGUACCUAAUAUGCCUUACAUAAGAGUCUUAUAAAAGUUAGAUGCCCAAUUUUAUUGUAGUUUCAAAAUCUGCAGUUUUCAGAUAUUCUGGUUUAAAUCCUGAUAAAAUACAUUUAUAAAGCAGAGUUAGCUUUGGAUUUACUUAGUAAAGUUGAGAUUAGAGAGGCUCUUUAAUUUAGUGCUUUCAUUUCUGAUGAAUUGUUUGCCACUGCCAUUAUUUAAUAUUUCCUGAUUGAUUCAAGAGGCUAAAGCGAUUAUGAUUUUAUUGAAAAAGAGUUGUAACAAAUUCAAGGUAAAGGCAAUUCUAGUGCACAGAUUAAUUUUCUAUUGAAAAGUGUUUUGUAGAUAUUAGAAUAGAGAAAACAAAAAUAAUUAGUCAAUUUAUUUCAACAACAAAGAAUCAUAUUUAACAAUGUUUCUAAUUAAAUAGUAAUGAAAUUUUAUCAAGAUAUGAGAAAGUUAUAGUAUCAUUCUGAAACUGAUACAAUAAUUACUGCAUAGGAUAAAUAAAUAAAUGUACAUUCAUUUGUAUUGGUUGCAAGAUCAGAAUACUUUAGAGAAAUGAUCCAUUUUGAGAAUGGAGUAAUUCAGCAAAUCUAGGUUGACUUUGAUCCAUAGAUUUUAUAAAAUAUAAUCAACUAUCUUUAUUGUGGAUACUAGGCAUUGUAAAGGUAAAAUGAAGGGAAUUUCGAUCAUUUAAUCAAUGCAUUCAAAGCAUCUAGUUAUUUCAUGUUGAGUAACUAAACAUUUCUAUACUUGAUCUAAGAAGGAAUGGCUGAAUUUAUAAGUAAAGACAAUGUAUUUGAUUUGGCUGAAUUAGCAGAGCAAUUGAAUGCAACAUAUUUACUUUAUGAAUGUUGUACUUUUAUUUCUGAAAACCUAAAAGGAGUAUCUUUAUCAGAUUUGAGAAAACUAUCAAAAGAAGUAUUAAUUCGUGUUCUUGAAGUAAUAGGAUAGAAAUAAUGA